AUGUCAUCUAGUAAAAGCAGUGUUAAUUCUAUUCAUUCCCAACCAGCAAUUAAUGUAGUUGGGUAUGCUGAAGACGAUGUUUUAUUUUCCAAUAAAAACUUAUCUAGAGUUAUAACUUUGAAUAGACCAAAGAAGUUGAAUUCUCUUAAUACCUCAAUGGUAUCUAAGAUUACACCAAGAUUAUUAGAGUAUUCCAAAUCUAAAGUCAAUAAUAUGAUUAUUUUGAAUUCUAACUCUCCUAAAGGGUUAUGUGCUGGUGGAGAUGUUGCUGAAUGUGCUAAUCAAAUUAAAGAAGGUAAUCCGGGUUAUGCUACUGAUUUUUUCCAAAGAGAAUAUAACUUAAAUUAUCUUAUUUCAACUUAUGCUAAACCUUAUGUUUCCAUCAUGGAUGGGAUUACCAUGGGUGGUGGUGUUGGUUUAUCAGUUCAUGCUCCUUUUAGAAUUGCUACUGAAAAAACUAAAUUGGCCAUGCCAGAAAUGGAUAUUGGGUUUUUCCCCGAUGUAGGUACUACUUUUUUCUUACCAAGAUUGGAUGAUAAAAUUGGUUAUUAUUAUGCUUUAACUGGGGAAAUUUUAAGUGGAUUGGAUGCUUACUUUGCUGGGUUUGCUACUCAUUAUGUUCCUUCUGAUCGUAUUCCUGCUUUAAUUAAUCGUUUAUCUAAUUUACAACCUCCGGCUUUAAAUGAACAAAAUCCAAGUGAAAAUGAAUCAAAUAUUUUGGAAUCAAGCCGUGAAUAUUUCUCCCAAGUUAAUCAUGCAAUUGAAGAAUUUACUGAAACUAAAUUACCUAAUGAUUAUAAAUACCCAUUGGCUUUAGAAGAAAUUCAAUUGAUUAAUCAAGCUUUUAGCUCUAAAACUAUUGAUGAAGCUUUAACUAUUUUUGAAAAACAUGGUAGCGAUUUUGCUCGUAAAACUUUUGCAAAACUCUCGGCCAAAUCUCCAACUUCUUUAAGAGUUGCCUUUGAGUUGCUUAAUAAAGGUGCUCAAAAUUCUAUUCGUGAUCAAUUUGAAUUGGAAUUAGUCACUGCUUCAAAUAUUAUGAAUAGAAAAAUUGAAGAAAAUGAUUUUGUUAAAGGAGUCAGUCAUAAAUUAAUUGAAAAAAUUAAAGAACCUGCUUUCCCUGAUUGGACUCCAAUUGAAAAUGUUAACAUUGAAGCAUUAUUGAAGAAAUCAAUUCAAACAGUUAAAUUACAAAAUCCUUUAAUUGAACAAUUCUUUGGAGUUAACUUUAAUAAUUAUCCUUUCAAUAUGGGUUUACCAAAUAAUAAACAAGUUGAAGAUUAUAUCACUGGUAAUGAUGGUUCAGGUAGAUCUUAUUUACCAACUCCAUCGGAAGUUACCAAGCAUUUCAAAGCCACUGGUUAUGAUAAGUUGGGUCUUGAUAUUAAAUUAGGUAAAAUCUUAAGUGUUCAUGGAGAAGCUUCUAAAUACGAUAAUAAAUACGUAUCUUGGAAAGAAUAA